GAAAACUUGAGAAGGAGAUGGCUGAAACUGCUUUUUUGGAUAUUCUAUUUAAAGAGUUGGACCUGCUACUUGAGGGGUAUGAUUGUUUGAAGAGUUGGAGCUCCCACAAUGAGCUGAGACUCAUGAGGACCAUCAUCAAGAAACUGGCUGCCAAACACAAUGACCAUAGUGAAGUGAAAGUUCUGGGGAUCAAAAAACAUGCCAAUAUCGUCAAAUUAUUGGGCUUCAUCACUAAUGAUACCAAGGCAAUACUCAUCCGUGUCAUACAAUAUCUUAAGGCUCUCGUUACAGCUGCGCAAGUGCAAGAAUUUGGCGGUCGGGAUACCCCAAUAGUUGAGGAAAAAGCUAUGGUGCGCUUGGAAUUGGGAAACUGUUCUCAUAUUGGCAAUUCAUCGAGAGCGGAUGACUUCAUGAUAGAGGAAGAAACCAAGGUGCCAGUGGAGCCACUUGUUGAGGGACAAAAGAAUCCACAAGUGUCAUCGAUUGUUGGCAUGCCUGGAAUUAGUUCAGGGUUUCUGCCAAAACUUGUGGAAGAGACGCUGGCUGAAAGUUACUUGGAUAUACUAUUGUGGACAUUAGACGAGCUACGUGUUUUGAUUUCUGAUCAGCAGUACCAGAUCCAACCUCUGUACAAAGAGCUGAAACUCCUGAUGACUUUUGUAAAGGGAUUGGCUGAGAAACACUUUGAGUAUAAUGAAGUGAAAACUGUGGUGAAAAACAUUUAUGAUGUCAAAGACAAGGCAAGCGAUGUCAUCACAUCAUUUGUACCGGGAGUAUAUGAUUCAAGGGAAAAGCUCAUAUGUGUCAAAGAUGUUAUCUCACAUUCAGAAGAUGUCUGUGAUGUGAGGAAAAAACUUAUGACUCUCAUAGAAGAUCUUAAAGCUUUCAAGGAAGAGGCGCUUCAAAUUUGUAUCGAGACGUAUGGUAUCAAAUUCCAGCAAGUGCCACAAUCUGGUGAAUGUUCAUCAAGAGCAGAUCCACUAGUGGCAGAGGAAACAACUGUGGUGAACUUGCAUUUUGGAAGGUCUUGUAGUGUUGGAAAUUCAGAGAGAUCAUACCCCAUAAUGAUAGAGGAAGAAAUGGUGGUAGGCUUUGAUGAGGAGAUGGUAGGAAUAGUGGAGCGGCUUACUGAAGGACAAAAGCAGUUACAAGUAGUGUCCAUUGUCGGUAUGGCUGGAAUUGGUGGCCAGGUGGAGAUCGUAUAUGUUGUGUCUUUGACAAUCAACUACCAGCAGCUUUAUACAGGCUCAUGGUGGAUCAUUAAUUUUCUUCAAAAUAAUGCCAGAAAAGAAGUUGCUGCAGAGGCAGAUGGUUGUCAAUCCCAUUUGAUUGCUCCUGGAAAAGGAUACAAAAGACAAAUUGAAAGUCGUCAUUCCCUUUUGAUUGCUUUUUACGGGCACAGCAAAAGAUUCUGGUUUAAGGUCCCGACCGAAGCUUUUAUACUGCAAUAUUCUCAGUCAUUACUUGAUAUGCAGUACGUUGGAUUUUAG